AUUGCGAUGGAGCGACAACUGCUUUUUAUUUUUCUCUUUCUUCUAACCUUCUCCUUUUCUUUGUCUAACGAAGAACUUGAAGCAGAUCUUGCUGAGGAAGUUGAAGACUUACUAGAUAGCGUGCAAGACAAAAACAAUGCAUUGAAAGGAUGCUACGACAAGUCGAAAUAUUGGUGCAUAAAAUUUUCCAAUUACUGUUCUCAUAUUUUUGUGUCAACCUCUUGUCCAAAAACCUGCGGCCAAUGUUCAGAUGGAGGGACCUGGAGUUCAUGGAGUCCCUAUGGUGAAUGCUCGAAGUCAUGCAAUGGCGGCUAUCAGUUCAGAUCUAGGAAAUGCAACAAUGCGUCUUCAUUUCAGGGUAGAAGUACUUGUUCAGGACCCGCAAUGGAAACGCAGAUAUGCAACGAAUAUGUGCCGUGUUCAGAUGGUGCGUCAUUAGCUGCAAUGGAAUCAGCAGAAGGCCAGUGGACAGCUUGGGGAGCAUACACCCCAUGCAGCAAGUCCUGUGGAGGAGGCAUGCAGUCAAGAAUACGUAAAUGCGUAAACCCAUCACUUCCACAUAGUUUAAAAACAUGCCAAGGAGCGUUCAGACAGCAUCGCCAGUGCAAACUUGAUCCUUGUCCAGUUGAUGGUGGUUGGACCUCGUGGGGACCGUAUAGACCAUGCAGUAAAAGCUGUAGUGUAGGUGUGCAAUAUAAAUAUCGAAAAUGCGAGAAGCCUGCACCUCAACAUGGUGGAAAGCGAUGUGUAGGGCAUUAUAAAAUUUCUCGUCAUUGCAACGCUGGAGCAUGUGCAGUUGAUGGUAACUGGUCUCCAUGGAGUGUUUUCGGACAGUGCUCAAAGACGUGUGGCGGUGGGCUGAAGUACAGAACCCGCAGUUGCAACAGUCCACCGCCGAGCAAUGGAGGAAAGAGCUGUCCAGGACCGUCUCGGGAGGCAAUGGAUUGCAACACAAAUGCGUGCCCUGUGGAUGGUAAGUGGUCUCAUUGGAGCAGCUUUGGAGGUUGUACCGCAACUUGUGGAGGAGGGUUUAGGUACAGACGCCGGAAAUGUGACCAUCCUGCACCGGCCAAUGGAGGCAAGAAGUGUCCAGGAGCAUCUUUCCAAUCAAUUGGCUGCAAUGUGCAGGCUUGUCCAGUUGACGGUCACUGGUCCCCUUGGGGCAGAUAUAGAAGGUGCAGCAAGUCAUGUGGAGGAGGCUCACAACACAGAACCCGGAAGUGCAGCAAUCCACCACCAGAAAACGGUGGAGCAAGCUGUAGAGGACAGAACAAACAAACAAGAAGCUGUAAUUCACGUCCUUGCAAAGUUGACGGUCACUGGUCCCCUUGGGGCAGAUAUGGUAAAUGCAGCAAAUCUUGUGGAGGAGGUUAUCAACACAGGAACCGGAACUGCAACAAUCCCCCUCCGACAAACGGUGGAGCAGGCUGUAGAGGGCCGAGCCGACAAACAAGAAAAUGUAAUUCACGUCCUUGCAAAGUUGACGGUCACUGGUCCUCUUGGGGUAGGUAUGGUAAAUGCAGCAAGUCUUGCGGUGGAGGUUAUCAAUACAGAACCCGCAAGUGCAACGAUCCGCCUCCAGCAAACGGUGGAGCACGAUGUAGAGGACCGAGCCGAAGAUCGCGACGCUGUAAUUCACGUCCUUGUAAAGUUGACGGUCAUUGGUCCCCAUGGAGCGGAUACGGUAAAUGCAGCAGGUCGUGUGGAGGAGGAUAUCAAUACAGAACCCGAAAGUGUAACAAUCCACCACCAGCAAACGGUGGUAAAAACUGUAGAGGACCAAGCAGACGAAAGAGAAGCUGUAAUUUACGUUCUUGUAAAGCUGCGAGUGGAUGGUCUAACUGGGGUCCUUAUAGCAAAUGUAGUCGCACGUGUGGGUCGGGAGGCACGCAAACAAGAUAUCGCACGUGCUCCAGCCCUCAUGCGUAUUAUGCAUAUGGUCGUUCUUCAUGUCGAGGAUACUCCAAACAGACGAGGAAAUGCGGGGGAAAGGUUCCUUGUCGAAAAGUUUGCAGAAAUACUCGAAGUCACGGCUAUUGCAGAUGGGUCGUGAUGAGCUACAGAUGUGGUCGAUAUUACAAAUAUUGUAGAAAAUCCUGUGGUGCAUGUCGCUACCAUUAAUGGAAACAAUCAUUUAUAUACUAGCGUAGCCCGUGUUUUAAGCAAGUUUUGCAAGGGAAUUUAAGAAUGCUUCACCGAGGGGCUAAAAGGAGGCCAGUUUCAUGCGGAUUUCAUUAUCAUUGUUAAAAACAGAUAGAUUAAAAAGUGUGUACAUAUGUCUUGUAGUAUAAUGUUCCUUUCUUUUUUCGCUUCGUUAGCUUGUAAAUAGAUUUUCCAGCCCUUUUCCAAAGAGUAUAUUUCUAUUAGGCUCAGUAUCUGUGGUUUGAUCAUCCCCAAGGAAAUGAUCAAUGAGUUAGCUUGAAAACAAUUAGUUCUAAUUAACUUAGCGGGAGGUCUGUAUGGGAGAAUCUUGACCGAGG